AUGACCUUUCGAAAUAAACUGGCUCUUUCAAUUUUGUUAUUCAUAGUGGCAGUUUCAAUAAUCUCCUUUUACACGUCUAAGACCAGCAUUUACGCGGUAAUCAUUUCUCGUAAUGUUCCAAGGACGAGAAGUUCUUUUUCUUGUCACAAUGGAACGAAUUUCUCGCAUCUUAAUGUACAAAAAUUUGAACAAUGCUUAAAAUGGCGACGAAAUGAUGCGUUCUGGGCUGUCGAUAGUAUUCGACAUAAAGCAUUUCAAAAACUAUUAAAUUCUUCUUCGCUUAUUGUCGAGAUUGGAGGUAACACAGGAUUCGAUACAUCACGCUUCGUUAGCCUGUACAACUGUUCAAUCAUUAGCUUUGAACCAUUACCGGAAAUGUCCAAAAGUUUAAUGAAGAAAUUUCGAACAAAUCCAAAAGUUGAAAUACAACCGUAUGGACUAGGUAACCAUGCUAGAACAGUAGAAAUCGAACGUGCUGGUAAUCAAAACGAAGGUACGAGUAUUUUUCGAAAAUUAUCUUCGAAGAACUCCACAAAAAUCCAAUCAAUUCAAUUACUCGACUUCGUUCAAACGAUUGAAAACAUUCGAAAAACGAAAACCUCGAAUGGAAUCAUCGACAUGAUCAGUAUGAAUUGCGAAGGAUGCGAAUUUGAGGUUCUACCAGCGCUUGUUCUUAGCAAUCUCGCGCAAUACAUUCGUAUUAUACAAUUCGGGUCACACAUGGAGGUUUUUCGCGAAUCAUCAUGUAUCUACUGUCAGAUUCAGCAAGCUCUAGAAAAAACUCAUAAAGUCGUCUAUCAAUAUACAAUGCUAUGGGAAGCAUGGGCGAUUCAAACGAAUUUCUCUUCCAACACAUGA